CUCCAGGCAUCAUUCCCGUGGUGGCCCUCCGGACUCCAGCACUCAGCAUGUGGUACUUGUCGGUGUUGGCUCUCGUCGCGACUGCGUCUGCGCAGAUCCCCUCGCUGGGAUGGUGUCCCGAUUUUCAGCCGAUGACCAACUUCACGAUGAACCGGUUCCUGGGCACGUGGUAUGAGGCCGAGCGGUAUUUCUCGGUGGGCGAGAUCGGCACCCGCUGCGUCGCCACUAACUUCGAGGCGACGCCGGAGGGGAGGAUCGUCGUCUCCAAUGAAAUCACCAGCUCACUGACUGGUCUGAAGCGAGUGAUGGAAGGACACCUGCAAAUGAACGGGAGAGAAGGAGAGGGUCGCAUCCUGAUCAAAUACUCCUCGUUGCCGCUCCCUUACGACUCUGAAUUCGUCAUUCUGAGCACUGAUUACGACAACUACGCGGUCAUGUGGGCCUGCAGCGGCAUCGGUCCUGUACACACUCAAAACAUAUGGCUGAUGACACGUGAACGGAUCGCUAAUUUCGACACGAUGCAGAAAGCCUAUGCAGUACUGGAUAUGUUCAAGAUCUCUAGGACUUUCUUCGUGAAGACCAGCCAGGCUGACUGCACCAUCCUACCCAAGCCCGCUGCGGCUCCCGGAGUCAAGUCUGCAGUUGAACAAGACGAAGAGGAAUUGACGAGUGAGAAAAAAGUUGAGAUGCCAAUUGAGGUGAGCGUAGAAGAGGAUGUUCCACAAGAAAGAUCAGCGGUACCAGAACCUGCAGAGGAAGUCAAACCCAUGCAAGUUCCUGAACUAAUCAUGUCAGAGAAGAAGGACAUGAAGAUGGAAGAGCCAGCCAAACCUGAAAUGGCUAAAUCGCCGGAAGAAAAAAAAGAGCCUGAACCUUCUCAAUAAAACGAAUUUAGUCAUUUUAAAUAUUAGACUGGUUAAGAUCGUCUGGGUUCUGAAACAUUAGGUUCUUUUUACUAGUCUCUAUAUUCAGUACAUCAACAGGGACCUUAGAGUUAAAACCCAGGCAAUAUUUAACCAUGGCUUAUAAGAAGUUGACGAUAGCCUAACAUCACUUGAUUAUGAUGAUUGCCAGUAUACUGGGCUUGCGGUCGUUCAUCUAAUGACUAACCCCCUUAUUCAUAGACGUUUUUUAUCUAACGAUCGAGUAAGGCUGUGAUAACAAGUCUGUUUCUCAGU